CCCGGGACCCCUGCGCGCCCCGAAUGCCAGUGCCUUAAGGCCCUCCGCGUGCCCUGCGACCCCUCUGGCCAGCCCAGGCGCCCCACGAACCCCAGCGCCACGAGCGCUCCAACCUGCCCAGGUUCCCAGGAGCGCUGAGGUGCCGCAUGCUGCCACUUGUUGAGUCAGCUUUGUGUGUCGCGACCUAUCGCCGUCCUGGGCCGGUGGGCCACAGUGCUUUCAGGGGCUCACGUGUUUGUCAUUUUGUAGCCCAGAGAAGCAGGAAGUUUCACGAGAUUCUACGGCACAGUAGGGGAAGCCUGAGGGUGGACCCAGACCACGUGGGACUCCCCCCACGACCUGUGGAAGGCGACGUGGAAGUGGAUUCCGAAGCUACUUUCCUGCAUAGACUGGAGGGAUAGACACAGAGCUCGGGAGAGCCUCUGGAGCUGGGUUAUGCCCAUGUGAAAAUGGAUACAUAAGCCUAAGAAUUAGCUCAACCCAGGAUGGCUGGGGCCGUCUGACAGCUGAUGCUCCUGUUGGUGUGGAUGGAGGCAGGGUCUCAGCCAUGGUCACACUCAUCACUGAGAAGCUGCAGAACCAGAGUCUGGAUGACCUCACCCGCAAAACCUGCGAGGCUGGCCCGUGUUCUGCCAAGGGACUGACCAGGAGUGGCCACUUACUCCCUUUGGAGAUCAGUGUGGACAGGAGCCGCUGGAAGGCCUUCCAAGGAGCAUGGCCUGCUGGAAGGCAGGCAGCUGCAGGCCCUGCUCACCCCUUCCUGUUGGCUCCCUGUGGUGCUGAUCAGGCCCAGGGUCUCCAGUGGCGGUCAGAGUCCCCACGCCUAUGCACUGGCCUGGGUGUGGGCAGUGCUGUGGACCUCCAGGGGAACACGGGGCCACCCACGGCUCCGCCAACCAAGCGGCACUGCCGGUCCCUGUCUGAGCCAGAAGAGCUGGCCCGUUGCCGGUCACCAUGGCGUCCUGGUGGCUCCAAGGUCUGGACUCCGAUCUCCAAGAGACGAUGCAACAGUGGUGGGAGUGCCACACUGCAGCGCUGUAGUGGCCUUGGGGGUGCAGCCCUGCCCAGGAGCCCUAUGUCGCCUGCUGGCCCCACAUCACCCCUGGCACCCCGACCAGCCUCGGCCAGCAGUGGCUUUGUGGACAGCAGUGAGGGCAGUAUGGGCUCGGGCCCUUCCUGGUAUCCCACAGGGCCCUGCCCACUAUCCUCGAGGCGCCGCCUGUCCCUCUCACAGGACCACCUUGUGGAUGCUGGUGCCUGCCUACCUUCAGCCAGCAGCACCCCCACGUCCACACCUGAGCUUGGCCGGCGCCAUGGCCUGCUGCGGUGCCGGUCACAGCCCUGUGUGCUGGGCAGGAGGAGGAGCCGUCGCAAGCGAAGGCGGGAGGAAGACACCCGGUGGACACGCCCAUCCUUGGACUUUCUCAAGAUGACUCGGACUUUGAAGAACUCGAAGAGCCUCUGCUCACUGGACUAUGAAGAUGAGGAGGAGGAUGCCCAGGUGAAGACAGUCGUGUCCUCCCCAUGUGACUCGCAGGGCCUCGUGGGCAUUGUCACUCCUGGCUCCAGCCUGAGGGUUGCCCAGCUCUGCCCUGCCAGCCCGUGGGCCUCGAGGGAGCUGGAGGCAGGCGAGGAAGAGGGCGAGGGCGGCAGCAGUGGGGACCCCAGUGACUGGGACAGCGCUGGGGAGGAGGGCAUCUUCCCUCUGGACCAGGGUGACCUGGACUUGGAGCAGAUCGAGAACAACUGACCUGCCAGGCUGUCUCCUGCACUCGGCGCAGAAACUGUUACUGCUAUUUUGAACUUCAAGGCCUGAUUUUGUUUCAGUUUUUCCUAAAGAAGUAUUUUGCAUUUUUAUGGCUUUUACAGUUCAGGGAGAGCUUCUUUAUUUUGAAAUGAAUUUCAGAAGGGCAUUGUAUUAAGCUCGAGUCAUCCUGUGCUCCUUUUGUGAGAAGCCUACUGUGAGAGUGAAUGUGGGUGGUGGUCAGGACCCUGGCUGGUGGUGGGCACCCUCCUCCUGGGUGGGUACAACUCGGCCUCUGUGGGCCAUUGUGCUCCUGGGUCUGGUCAUCCUGUACUGGCUCAGGCCAUGGGCUUCUGGUUGGGGGUGGCCCUGUUGUACUUGGCUGAGUGAUGGGGAUGCCAAACCAAAACCUAUGGUCCUCUGAGGUGCCUCCUCUGUGAGUUCAAUAAAACGUGUUGCUCUGCUCGGCCGCCCCAUUGCUCAGGGUUCCCAUGGUGGGGCCAGGUGCCUUGCAGGCUUGGUUUGGCGCUGCUCAUAGCUCAGGUUUCCUGCAGAACAGAAAACCAGGGAUUUUCACCAAGGCUGAUCUGAGGGAGCUGCUGAGAAGAGGUUGUGGAUGGUGAAUCUACAGGGCGACAAGCCACAGGGAACAGUCAUCUUGGUGGCUUGACCCAGGCAAAGGAAAUUUAUUUCUAGGGUCAAGUUCCCUGGAACUUGGUGUCCUAACACCACAAGGUAGUCAUGGUGGCUUCCAUCCCAUUUUUUUCUGGACUGCUGCCUGCGGGACCCUGAGCUCGCAGAGGUGCACAGAGAGUGUCCUGGGAGGAGGGCAGUGGCUCAGUGGAUGUGGCUGGUCACACAGAGACCUGGGCUUCG